CAUGAUCCCUGGGGAAAGGGAUAUCUGGGUCAUAAAUUCAUCACAGAAAGUCAAAUAUACACCUAUUAACCAGAGUAAAAAUUUGGCGGGGAAAAUCUAUGAUUGUGUAAAAAUAAAAAAUGAACUAUAUAAACAAAUAAUUUGUGAGGAAAUUUCUUUUUAACAUGUCAACAUUGAAUAAUUUACAGAGUUUAAAUUUCCCACCAUCAAUAUUCCCACCACCUCCUUCUCUACCCCCCUCAUCGGAUUUAUUAUUUCCACAUUUAUGGGGAUUCGACGAGGCGAAGCAGAAUAAUUAUUCAUCUUCAAUGAUCUCACUAUCACCGCCAUCAUCAUUAUCAUCAUCGACUUUCACCUUCUCGACGUGUAAACCAUUACCGUCUCAAAUGAUCCCUUCAUCACCUGUAGAAUUAUAUAAUCAAACAAGUACAAGACGACAUUCAGCAUUUCAUCAUCCAUAUCCAAUAAAUUUAAGUAUUUUAGGGAAAAGAUACUUUCCAUUUUAUGAUGAAAAAAGAAGCAUUUCAUCGACUGAUAUCACUUCAACAGCUACGGUUGCCUCUGUCGGUACCUCUAACACUGACAAUGGUAAUAAGCAUAAUGGUGAAACGUUCGUCUUAAAAUCCACGAAACCGACUACAACCAAAUGGGAUAAAUAUUCUCUAUAUAACAGUAAUGGCAAUAAAUGUGUCGAGAAGAUCCGUCAAAAUAAACAACCUGCCUCAGAUUUUAAUGGUAUAAAUACUAAUUUCCAUGAGAUUGACACCGGAAGACGAAGAAAAUGCAAGCGAGUUGGAGAGCUCUCCAAUACGAUGGAUAGUAAAAACGGUGACCAUCAUGACCAUAAUAAGAAGGAUAUCAGAGAUGAUGAUGGAGAGAUUUCAACAAUAACAACAGUAGCCGCACUAGGAGGAGGAGAAGAAGACGACAACGAUCAAGACGACGACGACGAAGAGGACGAAGAGAUAAACAGUUCACAUCUUGAUGAUUAUGAUGCUGAUAUUGGUUCAAAAACUGGUCAAAGUAUGGAAUGUGUUGUUUGUGGGGAUAAAAGCAGUGGUAAACACUAUGGUCAGCAUACAUGUGAGGGUUGUAAGAGUUUUUUUAAACGAUCUGUUCGACGUAAAUUAAAUUAUACUUGUCGAGGGAAUAGACAAUGUCCAAUUGAUAUACACCAUCGUAAUCAAUGUCAAUAUUGUCGAUUUCAAAAGUGUAUUAAAGUUGGUAUGAGGAAAGAAGCUGUACAACAGGAUCGUUUACCGCCGUUCCCUUCAAUAUAUCAUCCAUAUUAUGGUCUAUCGAAUUUGCUUACUUCAAAUAUCUUUACAUCAAUGCGUCACUUGAUGAUUGGACCAAAUAUUACACAAAUAAUCAAUAUGCUACUGUAUGCUGAGCGUAAUUCAAAUCAAUACUUAAAUAAUCAAUAUUUAGUACAUUAUUUGAAUUACAUUUUGAAUGGAUUCAAUAAAACAAACUCAAUCAGCCAAUCAGCGACAAGGACGAGUGAAGUUAUAAACCAAUCAAAUGUAAGCGUUAACAGCAGCUCCAGUGGCAGCAGAAGCGGGGGCAAUAAUAAUAAUAAUAGCGAAAAUUUUAAAUUUUCAGAAAUAUUUAACUUAUCUACUUAUAGUGAUAUCAGUAGUAGUGAUAAUGCCAUGAGACUGACUACUUCACCAGUAUAUUCAUCAGAAUUUUCAAUGUCUAAUUCAAACGCACCAGGAAAAUAUCCUUCACAGAAUAUGGAUAGUAGUGAACCGCCUACAAUCAUGAAUGAAAUAACCAAUUCUACACUGUCUUAUCUGUUCGUGAUCAUUGAAUGGGCAAGAAGUAUCCCAUUAUUUACGGAAUUACAGCCAAGUGAUCAGUUAAUAUUACUGAUGAAUUCAUGGGCAGAAUUAUUCAUUCUCUAUCUAGUUCAAACGUGUAAUACUUCUGCUGUCAAUGCAUUAUAUAACUGCAAUAGUAAUAGUAAUAAUAAUAAUAAACACAAUUCUCCGAUCAAUAAAACUUGGUUCAAUAGUUCAAUGAAAAUGGCACCAUUUAAACAAAAUUCCCCAUCUGAAGAAGCAGGGGAAUUUAAACAAGGUCAGUACAAGCAAACUUUUGCAUCAACAUUGGACUACUUAACGGAUAAACCAGAUUCAUUUAAAUUGCAUCAACAGUAUUCAAGAAUAUUUCAAGAUCAACUGGAACACUUACAACAAUUGAACCUUGAUCAAUCAGAAUAUGUUUGUUUAAAAGCAUUAAUUCUCUUUAAUUCAGAAGCGCCUGGUUUAAAAGAUCCCGGUGUAAUUGAUUCUAUUCAAGAAAGAAUUCAAUGUGCUUUAGAAGAACAUGACAGAUAUCAUUAUUCACAUUAUCAACCAUUUCGUUUCGGUCGUCUACUUUUACGCCUACCAAAGCUGAAACAAACCGCCUCCUCACCAUCUUUGUUACUGUGGUUACAGGAAAGAUUUUUACCAACUAUUGACUAUGGACAAAAAAGGAUAGAAGUGUUGAUUAGAGAAAUUUUUGAAAAAUCACUUUCUUUUCAAGGAAUUCAAGUGAUGCAGAAGUUCAGUCCAACUUUUGGACAGAAUUUAAUGUCGCAUCUAAAUCCUGCGAGGUAUUCAGUCUUACAGCCACCACCGGCACCAGCCUUCUCUUCUCCUCGUCACUUUCUACAGUCAUCUAGAGGAUUCCCAAUAUCUCAGUCAACUCCUAUGUCGACAGAGAAACCUGACAAGACCUCACUUCCAUUGUUCAGUCCACUUACAAACUGUGUAACCAAGCACCCUGAUGAUAUCCUACCUUUAAAGACUCCUUUGACCAGAUAUCUAUCCUCCAUAGGCAGUUUAACUGUGCCUUCAUCACAGUGUGAAGAUAACGGCAGCGGUGUUGUUCCCUUCGACUUCAUUAACAGCAAUCCUCCCAGUCAUAGUUCGGCAUCAUGGUUGUCGGACGUAUUUAAAUCUGCAAAAACUCCUACAAUUCCUGACAGCAACGAUUAUCCUGUCAGAAGUAAAUCAAUGAAUGACAAUUAUAACUCACAUGAAUUUUCACCGCAUAAAGAUACUACUUAUAAUGGUAGUAGCAGUAGUAGUAGUAGUAUGAAUGUCAUGACAUCACAGUCAUCACCAUCCUUAUCACCAUUAUCGAAAAUAUCCUCGUCUUGUUUAUCCAUAAAUUCUACACAGACAAAUAAUAAUAGUAAUAAUAAUAAUAAAACCUCUGAAACUUGUUCAAUAUCCCCGUUGAAUAAUACCAAUAAUGUUGAACACAUUGAAUCGAGCAAGUUAAACAGUGAACUUGACACAGCUCAAAAUAAUUUUAGCAACUAUUCAAAUGAAUUAUUUAAGAAUUUAUUAAAUUCGUCAACAUCAUUAGAUGAGAAUGAGAAAAAUUCCCAGCUACAAAUUUAUUAUGCAUUAUUACGUCAACAUUUAAAUUUAUUAUUACAUAAUCGAACAUUAUGA